AUGUCAAAUAAAAAUAAUAAGUAUUCAUCAUUGAAUGAUUCAGGUGGAAGUCAGAAUGAUAAUAAUAAUAAUAAUAGUAGUAGUAGUAAUAGUAAUGGUUUAAAGAAUACUGUUAUUUUGGUGAAUGACCAACCUCUCUCACCAAAUACACAACAGCAACAACAGACUGGUAGACAUAAUCACGAUGGAGCAGAUUCUACCAGUCUGUUGACGAGAAGUAGAGAGUUCGAUCAGGAAUCACUUCUGGCGAAGGAACGUGAGGUGUCGGAAUCAAUGGAUUUGUACUAUGUUCCACCUUCAAAGUUGAAUCAAUCGCUGCGUAUAAGUCAACCGACUUCACCCUAUUACUCUUCGGUAUCUUCACCGAAAGUUAUUGGUUCUGGUGGUCGACAGAAGAUGCCGACAUCAUCGGUGCCACCUGUAGAUUUGGAUUCCGCUAUUGAGAUGGAUGAGAUAAGGACGGAUGGCAGUAGCAAUGCAUUCACCGACCAUUCAACGCUAAAGUAUGCAUCGGGUGCAGAUCACGAUCCUACACCACAUUCGUUCACACCAACACUGGUUGGCAACAACGACGACGAUAUAUUCAUGUCGACCAUCCGUCAGAUUCGACAAUUCAAAUUCGAAAAGAAACACAAGAAAAGAUUCAUACACUAUCUACUGGGUUUGCUGCCAAUCGUUAGUUGGCUGCCUAAAUAUAAUAUAAAGAAUAAUUUGCGGGGCGAUAUUAUCGCUGGGUUGACUGUGGGUGUCAUGUUGAUUCCACAGGGUAUGGCGUAUGCAAUGGUGGCGGAGCUGCCGUCGGUGUACGGUCUCUACAGUUCUAUUGUUCCGAUCUUUGUUUAUUGUAUCUUUGGUACUUCACGUGAGUUGUCUAUGGGUCCUUUUGCUAUCAUUUCGUUGCUGGUGCUGGAAACGGUGAAUGGCGAGGUGGGAAUAGAUAACCACGACAUGGAACGGCGUGUGACGGUAUCGAUAUUGCUCGCGUUCGUCUGUGGCGUCUAUCAAAUAAUAUUUGGACUACUGCGAUUCGGUUUCGUAGCGAAUUUCCUUAGUGAUCCAGUGAAGACUGGUUUCAUCAGUGGCUGUGCCAUUAUCAUUAGUAGCAGCCAGAUCAAGCAUAUCUUUGGAAUCUAUAGUGGUAUACAAUCGUCAAACUUCCUACCGCUACUCCUAAUCCGGUAUCUCAUCGAGAUAAAGCGUACCAAUUGGUGGUCGGUUUUGAUAGCCUUCGCAGGCAUUGCAUUUCUAUUCGCGAUUAAAAAGGUCAACUCUCGAUACAAGUUGAAACUUCCAGGUCCCUUGCUGAUUGUUGUCAUUCUUACAUUUAUCUCUUGGGUGUUUGACCUUGAGAAACGUGCUCAUAUCUCGACGGUUGGAGUGAUCCCCUCGAAUUUCCCAUCACCUACAUUCCCAACGAUCAGAACAACCGAGGGUUAUCCAGAGUCUGGCAAUUGGUUCAAUGUCGUUGUGAGAAUCACUCCCGGUGCUUUGGUGUUGGUGCUGGUAGGAUUCAUUAGCUCUGUUUCCGUGAGUACAAAGAUUGCCGAGAAAGAACAAUAUCCAAUCGACGCAAAUCAAGAGUUGCUCGCGCUAGGAAUGUCAGAUUUCAUUGGAUCGUUCUUCCUUUCUUUCCCAAUCGGUGCAUCACUCUCGAGAACAGCAGUCAAUUUGCAAUCUGGUGCUAAAUCACAGAUCUCUGGUUUCAUCACCGCUGUUAUCAUCAUUUUCUCUUUGUUUUUCCUCACAAGAGUGAUCAUGUUCCUUCCUCGUUCGAUUCUAGCCAGUAUUGUUGUGGUGGCAGUUGCAGAUCUCAUCGAAGUAAAGAUUGCACUGGAUCUGUGGAAAGUACAUCGAAGGGAUCUAAUGCUAUACUUGAUUUCGUUCCUCUCGACUAUUUUCCUUGGUAUUCUUCAAGGAAUCAUGAUUGGUAUCGUUUGUUCACUUCUCUUGAUCAUCUACAAGAGUGCCUAUCCACCAUUCGCCGAGCUAGGUAGACUUCCAGGCACAGAAUUAUAUAAAAACAUUAAAAGAGUACCACAAGCUGAAACUUUUAAAGGUAUAAAAGUUGUUAGAAUUGAUGGAUCUAUUUAUUUUGCAAACACUCAAUAUAUAAAGAAAAAACUGAGGCAGUAUGAACCAACAAAGAAAUCGGAUCGUUUUGAACUAUCGGAUAGUGAGACGGAUCUAGCGGAUGUAGAUGGCUUGGUCACUGUGGAUAUCGAUGGUAAUCCAACGAAGGGUGCAAUCAUCAUCGAUUGUAGUAGUAUGAACGAUAUCGAUUCAACAGGUUUGAGAAUGCUGCGAGAGUUUGUCGAAGAGUUUAAACAUCGACAGUUGGUUAUUUACUAUGCAUCGAUCAAAGGUUACAUCAGAGAUCUCCUAAAGAAAGGUGGAGUGGUCGAUACUCUUGGUGCCAAUCAUUUCUUCUGGACGGUAAACGAUGCUGUUGAACAUCAUCUCUAUCUCAUGAGACAAGGUCGUAGAAACUUUUUAUCAAAUUCGUCCACACUGACAAGUCCACUGAUGGCAUCAUCAAAAUCAGUUGAAACAGAAGAACAACAACAAAUUGAAAUAGAUCAAAUUGUUAAGAAUUAA